AUGGGUGUGAUGAAAAAGAACCUGUUGUUUACACCAGAAUGUGUGAUGAUACCUACCCAAGUAAUUGAUCCCGAGUUCUUAGGUUCAAACCUCAGAUCGACCAAUAAAAAAUCAUUGGGUUUUCUAUCAAAGACUCUCAGUAACAGCCUGGAGUCUGGAAAUUGGAAGUGUGAACAAGUGUGGGGAAGUGUGUGUGUGUCCGUGGCUCGGAAAACACGUAAAGCCUUUGGUUCUGCACCUGCAUUCUUUCCGGUCGUGUCGGAUUGGACGCAUGAGGAUCACCAGACGCAUCGAGAAGUUCACGCGCAUAUAAACAUUAAUGAACCAGUCAAUUUAAAACACGAAGUGAAACACACGAAGCAAGAUGAAUACAAAAUAGAACAAGAAAAUAAGAGAUCCGGUGAAGAAGGACCAGCCCUUGAUUCUCGGGAUGAAGAUACAAAUGAAAAUUUUGAAUCAACUCGAACACAAGAGCCUGAUGAAGAAAAACGUGUCCAUAGACAAGAAGGUCAACGCAGAGGUUCUCAAAAUCACCCAAUAUCAAAUCUGCUAGCUGAUGUUCUGAACGAGAAAGAUCAGAGAGAAUUGAGGGUGACACUGAAAGAACUAACUGGAUACAUCGAUGAAACGAUGGCAAUAACAUACAUAAAGUCAGCUACUGGACUAUCACGUAAAUCACGUGACUCAUUACGUCACGACGUUCACGCCCCACAGAUACAACAAAAUCAACUGAGUUACUUAUUAUUCGUAAUCGACUACAUAUAUUUCUUUACAGAUAUCGAAGACUAUGUGACCCUCGUCAGAUUAUUAACAGGAGAAACGAAUGUAUUCGCAGCGUUCAAAGUUAUUAAGCAAUUAUCAGGACACAACAACAUCGACGGUGUAUUCGAGAUGUUGCAACGCAUGUCUGGACGCAAAGGACUAUCUGACGUCAUCGAUUACUACGAUCAUGAAGUCGAUCACGAGAAAGGCUUGGAUGGACUGAAGCGGCAAGUGUACCAGCUGACAGGAGGCGUGGGGCCAUCUGAAUUCCCAAGGGUUUACGAAUGCUUAAACUCUGACACUGACUGGCAGGCGACUUUCAACGUUCUCAUAUCAGUAAUGAGAAGCAGCAAUAUCGGUGAAGCGAUUGUUGAAUUCAAUCGUUUGGUCGGAAAGAAGACAUUCUCUGACUCAAUCACGCUCAUGAAGAAGUUCACUGGUCUUUCACAUUUAAAAUAUGCGUUGGAAGAACUGCUUCAAGAAACAGCGAGAGUUAGCUUAAAGGUGAUCGCUGAGAAGUUUUAUCAACUAUUCGGAAAGUCCGAUCUGGAACACGUUCAGACGGAAAUUCAACGCUUGUACCAUCACGAUAAUAUAAUUAAACUUCUUCAAACCGUUAAUAGAAUAUUUAAGAAACGGGAUCCUCUAAUAAUAUUCGGCAGCUUAUUGGACAUAACCCAGACUUCAAAUUUGAGCGAUUGUAGUGCUGUGAUCACCGGUCUCACCUUCAGACAGUUGACAGCUUUGGAAGUUAUAGAACAAAUCCAAAUAGAAUCUAGAAAUACUGACGUAUUGGAUUUCCUGAGGAAAUUAUUGACUUGUACCGGAACUAAAUCUCUUCGUCUAGCUUGGAAUAGCAUCGUUGCAAUCACGAAGAAAAAUGACAUCUUCGUUCUAAUGGAAACAAUAAAAACAUACACGACCGUCGAUAUGAUAUAUUUCUUCCAAACAUUACGUCGUAUUACAAACACGGCGAAUAUAAGUCUGGCUGUCGUGGAGAUCCGGGAAUUACUGGAUGUUCAAGGUUUCUUUGAAUGGAUCGACAUAAUUUAUAAAACCGUGCAAAUGGACUUCAUCAAAUUCCUUGAAACCUUCACGACUUUGAGUCCCAAGUUUUUGUUGGAAGAUUCGAUAACAAUAAUUGUUCGAUUCACUGGCGAGGAAGAUCCGAUUAAAGCAAUUGGUAAAUUACGAUUGGCUACCGAAGAAAGUGAUAUGGUCAAAGCAAUAGAAUUUGUUAGAAGCAAGAGACAGAAGCACAACAUAGUAACGACAACAUCAAAAGUUCCGCUAACAACAAAUACACCAUCAGCUCCUGUAGUGACACCCUUGUGGAAGCCAUUGGUUCUUCCGAAAAAUCAACUAGACGUACACAAAUCAGUUGUUACGAAUGAGAAUACUUCAUUCAGUAUAAAAGAAAGCAGUCAAACUGCUUUUAAUAAACAAACCACUAAUACCGUUGCUACUGGAAAAGAAUUAUAUACUGGCCAGCGGCCAGUUUCUCCAUCUACAAACGUUGGCACGCAAUCAUCUAGCGAGCAACCAGCUCCCAUCUCUGGUUAUGAUCAAUCUCCUGCACAACAACCAGAUUCUCCAACUUCACUCGUUGACAAACCAUCACCUAAUGAGCAGCCAACUCCUACGCCUAGUGAGCAACCAGCUACCAUUACUGGUGAUGAUCAACCUACUCCCGGGGACAAGCCAUCGCCUAGUGUGCAACCAGCUACCAUUACUGAUGAUAAACAACCUACUCCUGGAGACAAGCCAUCGCCUAGUGAGCAACCGGCUACCAUUACUGGUGAUAAACAACCUACUCCUGGAGACAAGCCAUCGCCUAGUGAGCAACCAGCUCUCACUACUGGUGAUGAUCAACCUACUCCCGGGGACAAGCCAUCGCCUAGUGAGCAACCGGCUACCAUUACUGGUGAUAAACAACCUACUCCUGGAGACAAGCCAUCGCCUAGUGAGCAACCAGCUACAAUAAGUGGUGAUGAUAAAUCUACUCCCGGGGACAAGCCAUCGCCUAGUGUGCAACUACCUCCCACUACUGGUGAUGAUCAACCUGCUCCCGGGGACAAGCCAUCGCCUAGUGAGCAACCAGCUACCAUUACUGGUGAUGAUCAACCUGCUCCCGGGGACAAGCCAUCGCCUAGUGUGCAACCAGCUACCAUUACUGGUGAUAAACAACCUACUCCUGGAGACAAGCCAUCGCCUAGUGAGCAACCAGCUCUCACUACUGGUGAUGAUCAACCUACUCCCGGGGACAAGCCAUCGCCUAGUGAGAAACCGGCUACCAUUACUGGUGAUGAUCAACCUGCUCCCGGGGACAAGCCAUCGCCUAGUGUGCAACUACCUCCCACUACUGGUGAUGAUCAACCUACUCUCGGGGACAAGCCAUCGCCUAGUGAGCAACCAGCUACCAUUACUGGUGAUGAUCAACCUGCUCCCGGAGACAAGCCAUCACCUAGUGAGCAACCAGCUACAAUAAGUGGUGAUAAUCAACCUACUCCCGGGGACAAGCCAUCGCCUAGUGAGCAACCACCUCCCACUACUGGUGAUGAUAAAUCUACUCCCGGGGACAAGCCCUCGCCUAGUGAGCAACCAGCUACCAUUACUGGUGAUGAUCAACCUGCUCCCGGGGACAAGCCAUCGCCUAGUGUGCAACUACCUCCCACUACUGGUGAUGAUCAACCUACUCCCGGGGACAAGCCAUCGCCUAGUGAGCAACCACCUCCCACUACUGGUGAUGAUAAAUCUACUCCCGGGGACAAGCCCUCGCCUAGUGAGCAACCAGCUACCAUUACUGGUGAUGAUCAACCUGCUCCCGGGGACAAGCCAUCGCCUAGUGUGCAACUACCUCCCACUACUGGUGAUGAUCAACCUACUCCCGGGGACAAGCCAUCGCCUAGUGAGCAACCACCUCCCACUACUGGUGAUGAUAAAUCUACUCCCGGGGACAAGCCAUCGCCUAGUGAGCAACCGGCUACCAUUACUGGUGAUAAACAACCUACUCCUGGAGACAAGCCAUCGCCUAGUGAGCAACCAGCUACCAUUACUGGUGAUGAUCAACCUGCUCCAGGGGACAAGCCAUCGCCUAGUGAGCAACCACCUCCCACUACUGGUGAUGAUAAGUCUACUCCCGGGGACAAGCCAUCGCCUAGUGAGCAACCAGCUACCAUUACUGGUGAUGAUCAACCUGCUCAAGGGGACAAGCCAUCGCCUAGUAAGCAACCAGCUAAAAAAAGUGGUGAUGAUCAACCUGCUCCCGGGGACAAGCCAUCGCCUAGUGAGCAACCAGCUACCAUUACUGGUGAUGAUCAACCUGCUCCCGGGGACAAGCCAUCGCCUAGUGAGCAACCAGCUACCAUUACUGGUGAUGAUCAACCUGCUCCCGGGGACAAGCCAUCGCCUAGUGAGCAACCAGCUACCAUUACUGGUGAUGAUCAACCUGCUCCAGGGGACAAGCCAUCGCCUAGUAAGCAACCAGCUACCAUUACUGGUGAUGAUCAACCUGCUCCCGGGGACAAGCCAUCGCCUAGUGAGCAACCACCUCCCACUACUGGGGAUGAUAAAUCUACUCCCGAGGACAAGCCAUCGCCUAGUGAGCAACCGGCUACCAUUACUGGUGAUAAACAACCUACUCCUGGAGACAAGCCAUCGCCUAGUGAGCAACCAGCUACCAUUACUGGUGAUGAUCGACCUGCUCAAGGGGACAAGCCAUCGCCUAGUAAGCAACCAGCUAAAAAAAGUGGUGAUGAUCAACCUGCUCCCGGGGACAAGCCAUCGCCUAGUGAGCAACCACCUCCCACUACUGGUGAUGAUAAGUCUACUCCCGGGGACAAGCCAUCGCCUAGUGAGCAACCAGCUACCAUUACUGGUGAUGAUCAACCUGCUCAAGGGGACAAGCCAUCGCCUAGUAAGCAACCAGCUAAAAAAAGUGGUGAUGAUCAACCUGCUCCCGGGGACAAGCCAUCGCCUAGUGAGCAACCAGCUACCAUUACUGGUGAUGAUCAACCUACUCCCGGGGACAAGCCAUCGCCUAGUGAGCAACCACCUCCCACUACUGGUGAUGAUAAGUCUACUCCCGGGGACAAGCCAUCGCCUAGUGAGCAACCAGCUACCAUUACUGGUGAUGAUCAACCUGCUCAAGGGGACAAGCCAUCGCCUAGUAAGCAACCAGCUACCAUUACUGGUGAUGAUCAACCUGCUCAAGGGGACAAGCCAUCGCCUAGUAAGCAACCAGCUAAAAGAAGUGGUGAUGAUCAACCUGCUCCCGGGGACAAGCCAUCGCCUAGUGAGCAACCAGCUACCAUUACUGGUGAUGAUCAACCUGCUCAAGGGGACAAGCCAUCGCCUAGUAAGCAACCAGCUAAAAAAAGUGGUGAUGAUCAACCUGCUCCCGGGGACAAGCCAUCGCCUAGUGAGCAACCAGCUACCAUUACUGGUGAUGAUCAACCUGCUCCAGGGGACAAGCCAUCGCCUAGUGAGCAACCAGCUACCAUUACUGGUGAUGAUCAACCUACUCCCGGGGACAAGCCAUCGCCUAGUGAGCAACCGGCUACCAUUACUGGUGAUAAACAACCUACUCCUGGAGACAAGCCAUCACCUAGUGAGCAACCAGCUACAAUAAGUGGUGAUGAUAAAUCUACUCCCGGGGACAAGCCAUCGCCUAGUGAGCAACCGGCUACCAUUACUGGUGAUAAACAACCUACUCCUGGAGACAAGCCAUCGCCUAGUGAGCAACCAGCUACCAUUACUGGUGAUGAUCAACCUGCUCCAGGGGACAAGCCAUCGCCUAGUGAGCAACCAGCUACCAUUACUGGUGAUGAUCAACCUGCUCAAGGGGACAAGCCAUCGCCUAGUAAGCAACCAGCUACCAUUACUGGUGAUGAUCAACCUGCUCAAGGGGACAAGCCAUCGCCUAGUAAGCAACCAGCUAAAAAAAGUGGUGAUGAUCAACCUGCUCCCGGGGACAUGCCAUCGCCUAGUGAGCAACCAGCUACCAUUACUGGUGAUGAUCAACCUGCUCAAGGGGACAAGCCAUCGCCUAGUAAGCAACCAGCUAAAAAAAGUGGUGAUGAUCAACCUGCUCCCGGGGACAAGCCAUCGCCUAGUGAGCAACCAGCUACCAUUACUGGUGAUGAUCAACCUGCUCCAGGGGACAAGCCAUCGCCUAGUGAGCAACCAGCUACCAUUACUGGUGAUGAUCAACCUACUCCCGGGGACAAGCCAUCGCCUAGUGAGCAACCGGCUACCAUUACUGGUGAUAAACAACCUACUCCUGGAGACAAGCCAUCACCUAGUGAGCAACCAGCUACAAUAAGUGGUGAUGAUAAAUCUACUCCCGGGGACAAGCCAUCGCCUAGUGAGAAACCGGCUACCAUUACUGGUGAUAAACAACCUACUCCUGGAGACAAGCCAUCGCCUAGUGAGCAACCAGCUACAAUAAGUGGUGAUGAUAAAUCUACUCCCGGGGACAAGCCAUCGCCUAGUGUGCAACUACCUCCCACUACUGGUGAUGAUCAACCUGCUCCCGGGGACAAGCCAUCGCCUAGUGAGCAACCACCUCCCACUACUGGGGAUGAUAAAUCUACUCCCGAGGACAAGCCAUCGCCUAGUGAGCAACCAGCUACCAUUACUGGUGAUGAUCAACCUGCUCCCGGAGACAAGCCAUCGCCUAGUGUGCAACUACCUCCCACUACUGGUGAUGAUCAACCUACUCUCGGGGACAAGCCAUCGCCUAGUGAGCAACCAGCUACCAUUACUGGUGAUGAUCAACCUGCUCCUGGGGACAAGCCAUCGCCUAGUGAGCAGCCAGCUGUCCCACCUGCUGAUGAAAAAUCUCCUGACCAUUUUGUUAUUCGAACUAACACCAUAACUACGUCCUCAAACUCACAAUCUAUAGAAGAACAGGAGGCCAAUCCAUCGGGAUCUGGUCCACAGCCUUUAGCUCCUGGCUCACAAAACAGCGUGACUUUUUCAAACAGAGAUAAAUUGCGCGCUCUUCAAGUGAACAUGAAUUUGAAAUUGUUGAUUCUGCCAGAAGGUCCGAGAAACAGUAAGAAUUGUUAUUGCACGUGCGAUAGUCAAAACGCGCCUAAACUGAUACCACUAAAAGAAUUGCCUAAUGAAAUCACCGGUGCAUGAAAAACUUACCGAUUUCUUAAUAAAAAAGUAUGAAUAUUAUACUAUUUAAAUGUUUUGAUCAAAAUAUUUGUUUUUUAGAAAUAUGAAUAAACGUAUUUGGAGGAUUUAUAAAUAUAACUGAGCUUUUACUUGACUGCAGUUUUAUUUUA